AUGGAAAGACAAGGAGAUGCUGAGAACGAAGGCCGUCAGGAUGAAACAGAGGAUGAAAUGGAUGAACUCUCUGAAUCUGACGAGGACAUACGAGCAGGUCGUUUGAAGCGCGGACAACUUACAAAGAAUCGCAUGGAUAUAAAUAAUUACAAUCCAUACCCAAUUCCCGAAGACCUGAAGCAUAUCGAAAGAGUAGUGAAAGUAGACAAACACCGGGAAAAUGACGUUGUCCGUGUUUUCCAAAAUAAACCACCAACAACAACAAAUAUUGGUCGUAACAAUCGUGCAAAUGUCAUAACUGGAAGAAAAGGCCCUCAGCGAAAGGCAAUAGUUACUCCAACACCCCGAGCUGGAUUCGAGCUGUUUUUUACAGAAGAUAUCAUGGCAACAAUUGUUUCGUGCACCAACAGAAAGAUUCGAAGCUUCAUUUCGACAGUCCCAGAUAAUUUUGUUUCCCAAAACAGUAAAUACACGUACGUAAAGGAAGCCUGCGUUGAUGAAUUAUAUGCCAUUAUUGGUUUGUAUGUCUAUCGAGGAAUGUACAAACUAAACACUAUCUCUGUAGAUAAAUUAUUCUCGAAUACCUAUGGGCCACCGAUAUUCAGCGCAACUAUGUCAAGGAAUCGUGUCACAUUUAUCCGAGCAAAUCUGUCUUUUGAUGACUUGACGAUAGAUGGAAACAAGACCGUUUUGCCGCUAUAA